AUGCAAGGCAAAGGUUUCCAGCCUCAUCAACCUCCCUCCCUCCCUCCGAAGAAAGAGGCUGCUCUUACCCACCGCUGCAAUGGACAUCCAGAGAAAUGCAAAUGCAGAAUGCGGAGCGGGUCUGAGCCGUCGCCAGCGCACGCUGUCUCUGCGUCUGAGGUGUACGGAAGAUCCCUGCCUGUGCCUGCCUCGGAAACUGCCGCGAUGAAGCCGCCGCUGCCGCCUGCACCGACACCUGUUCGGCCCGUCUCUCAGGCACCGUCUCUCCCAAAUCCCACCCCGCUGGUUGUUCCGCCCCGUGUGGAUGCGGUGGUUGUUCCUCCUGCUCCCGCUCACGUGGAGUCCCUUCCUGCAGCCCCUGCUGAGCCAGCUGGUCAGGUUCCUCCCGUCGCUCUUGGCGCGUCGCCGGUCGCCGCUGCCCCUGUGGCGCCGGCUGUCGCCGAGGGCUCUGCCGCGCCGGUGGUGUCGCAACCGGCGGUGUCCGCCACCACUGCCGGCCAGUCCCUCGUGGUGGGACCUGUUGAAGCUCCCGCCCCUCCAGCUGCGGCGCCAUCUCUGCCGCUCUCAAACGUCCAGGCGGUGCCUGAUCCUGCGCCGCUCGCUGCUGUUCCCCCUGCUCAGCGACAGCCGUCUCCGGGCCGCCGGCAGCAUCGACCUCACUCCCCGGCGCCAAGUGACGAGCGAGAGACGACGCGGCGGCGACGCGACUCUCCUCGGCGCCGUGGUUCCCAGGCGAACUGGGCUGCGUCCCGCGGUGGUCGCGGUGGCUGGUGGGGAGGGCGCGGGCGUGGUGGUGACUGGGGGUAUGAUCGGCCGGUGUCGAUGGCCGAUCUGCAGCGUGUUGUUUCUGCUGCAGUGCGCGAGGAGCAGAACGGGCAGGCGAGCCAGAGCAAUUCGCCUCGCGUCGCUCCGACGCGUGCGUCCGUUCCUCCAGCUGCGCCGCAUGCGCCGGCGCCUCCUCCUCCCCAAUCGGGCGAUCCUCCUCCUCAUGCUCCCUCUGCAUCUGCUGCUGCUCUUGGGCAUCACAUGCGUCUGCCGUGGGUCCCUCCUGUGGCGGGUAUGGAGUUCGUGACCGCGGCAGGGGGACCCGUGACAGGUCAGUAUCCAUCUCUGCUGCCCGUCGCUCCUGCUCCGCCGGCUGCUGCACUACCUCAUCAGUCGCUGGUGGGGCCCUCUCUUUCCACUGUGGUGCCGGAGGCGUCUCUGGGACAGCUGUGGCGCCUCUCUGAGGGUCUGCGGGCUGUUCACCUGAUUCAGGUGUAUGGUCACGCGGCUCUCUCCCAGGGUCUUCCUCUGGAGAGUGGCCAUCGGGACGAGUGCCUAGAUGCCGCUGAUCGGCUGGGCGAGCUCCUGGCGCCCGUGUUGGCUGCGCCCGCGCGGGGUGGAGUUGCGGGCGUUGGACAGCUUGGGACGGCGGUCCGUGGGCUGCGCCGGUUUUUGCGCGCAGGGACUGCAGUCGACUUGAUCGGCGCAACCACUGUGGUGGUGCGCGAGCUUCAUCUCUCGUUGACGGGUCUUCUCGCCGUCCUUGACGCGGAUCAGAUGUAG